UAAACGAGCCUGUGCCUUCCGGGGUUUGGGGCUGGGACUGCCGCCCUCUGAGCCCAGUGAAAGCAGCCAAGGGAGGAGGCGGGGCUCUGGCGAGUUCCCCUUCUACCUUCCCCCACCCUUCUUUUCCAACCUCUGUAAGGCCCCUAGCUUGAUUCCAGCCUUUGCUGCAGCUGCUUUCCAGGCGUUUGCAGGACUCAAACAACUACAGCCGCUGUUCCCAACCAAGAUGGUGAUCCGUGUGUAUAUUGCAUCUUCCUCUGGCUCCACGGCGAUUAAGAAGAAACAGCAAGAUGUGCUUGGUUUCUUAGAAGCUAACAAAAUAGGAUUUGAAGAAAAAGAUAUUGCAGCCAAUGAAGAGAAUCGGAAGUGGAUGAGAGAAAAUGUACCUGAAAACAGUCGACCAGCCACAGGGUACCCCUUGCCACCUCAAAUUUUCAAUGAAAGCCAGUACCGUGGGGACUAUGAUGCCUUCUUUGAAGCCAGAGAAAAUAAUGCAGUGUAUGCCUUUUUAGGCUUGACAGCCCCACCUGGUUCAAAGGAAGCAGAAGCUCAGGCAAAGCAGCAAGCAUGAACCUUAAACAUUCUGCCUUAAGCAUCCUGACAAAGGAGUCUCCACUGCUUUUUAUAAAAUAGCAAAAUUAUCUUGGCUUCAAAAGAAAUAGGCUUAAUGUUGAAAUAAUAGAUAGUUGUUGUUUUCACAUGCAAACAAUCAAAAUGAAUACAUAAUUAAAAUGUGAACAUUAUGAUGAGGAGAAUGGGAGAUGAACUUAAAAUUUUAAGAGGUGUCAUGGAAUAGUAUUGUUGUCUGCUAAGGCAUUUUAUGUACUUCAGUGAUUUUAAAAAGCAAACACCUGUUCCCUUUUUUGAUAUUAUUAUUGCAGCUUAAGUAUAUCUGUAACUCUACAUUAAGUAACUUUAAAAGAUGAGUGAGAAAGAAAGAAUCUGUCUCUUGUUCCCAAAUUGCCUCAAUUUUAGUGAACAAAAAUAUGUACCUUUUUGAUGUGGAAUUAUUGUGAUUAAAAAGUAGUUGCAGAUAAUGUUUAUGAUAUGUCAGAUAUUGUAAUUUCUGAUGGUAAUUAUAACAUUUACAUUCUUUUGUAGUUAAAACUUCUAUGUACUGAACCACAGGUUUUCUAGGCUUCUAAAUGUAGCCUUUCAUUGCAUGUUUCAGUGAUCGGAACAGAUGACCUCCCACCAAAAUAAAGAUGUAUUCAGUUGACAAAUUUCUUGCUUAACUACACAGCUAUGAUGCAAUCAUGUUACUAAGUUGCUUGCCCCAGUGAAAUAUGCAUACGUAUGCUAUGGAAGUAUGAUGGCAAAUAAGUUAAAAAUGGCAUCCUUUUGCAAAGA